AUGCGCGUAUCGUUCGUCGUAAAAUCCACAAUUCGUGGACGUUGCGCAAUUGUUUACCUUUACUCAAUCGCCGAUAGUAGUGGUGAAGGGUUAGUAGUAUUGACGGCGGAGGAGGAGGCGAAGGAGGCGAGGUGGAGGCGAGGAGGAGGCGAAGGAGGACAGCAAAUGUCCAGUUCGGGAAAACGAUCCGUUCGUUGUUGA